AAAGCAUCCUUAAACUUUAAUUCUCCGGAACCGAAAUGGUCCUUCUGAAGGAAUCAAGUUUGAUCUGGAACACUCCUGAACUGGCUCGCUCGCUUCUUCCAGAUCUUCACCCAGAUCCUCAGGUUGGUGGGUCACCAUCCACUUCUGUCCUUGUCGUCAUCGUCAUCUUCUUUAGCGCGCUCGCUUUCUUCUUCCAAAUCUUCACCCAGAUCCUCAGGUCGGUGCGUCACCAUCCGCUUCUAUCCUCGUCGUCUUCUUCAGCACACCGUUUCAAGCCCUUUCCCAUCGUUGACUCGCCGGAGACCGAGUCUCCUUUGGUGGUUGAGAUCGUCGCCGUUUUCGACUCCGCCACCACCAUUACGAGGAGAAAAUCAAGAAACUCAUGGUUAAAGAAUUCAGCUUUAUUGGAGAUUCUAGGAGAAAUGUUUUAUUUUAUUUAUAUUGGUACUUGGCUUAACGUAGUUCUUGACUUGGAUGAAACUCUAGUAUGUGCAUAUGAGACCUCUACUCUGCCUCUUGCUCUUCGUAAUCAAGCAACAGAAGCUGGAUUGAAGUGGUUUGAACUUGAAUACAUGUCUUCAAACAAGGAUUCCAUCCUUACCAUGAGUUUCUCGAUUUUCUCCUCGGUAACGGUGGUGAUGGAGUUGAAAACGGUGACGAUCUCAACCACCAAAGGAGACUCGAUCUUCUGUGAGUCAACGACGGGCAAGGGCUUGAAACGGUGGUUGAAGAUGACGACGAGGACAGAAGCUGAUGGUGACCCACCGACCUGAGGAUUUGGGUGAAGAUCUGGAAGAAGAAAGCGAGCCAGUUCAGGAGUGUUCUAGAUCAAACUUGAUUCCUUCUUUUCCAUAAGGUGAGAGAGAUAGAAAUGUGACGUAGAAUGAAAUUGGUGCCAUGUGUGUGUGGUGUUUUCCCAGGUAAGCUUGUGAAAAUUAAAAGAGGUAAUAGGUG